GUGGAAUACAGAUCCGUGGAUUGCAACAUGAUUAGGGCAUACUUCCCUUUUGUGACUCAAGACUCUUCCUUCCAUGCUCAUCUAUCGUUCUUCAUCUUCCGUCUUCUUCCUCUUGUCAUCUAUGAAUCUAUUCCUCGAAUCCUCAAGUACUAGAACUAUCCUUCACACCCAACAUGGAAACCUCCAUUUCAUCCAAUAUCAAAACUCGCUUCCUCAUCCUCUCCGACACCCACGGCCACGAGCUCCCCGAAGAGUGCUCCCAGCACCACGCCGACGUAGUGAUUCACUGCGGCGACCUGACCGACUGCUCGUAUCUGACCGAGUUCCAAACCACGAUCCAGCAGCUGCAACGGCUGGACGCACCCCUCAAACUGGUCAUCCCCGGCAACCACGACUUCACCCUGGACACCCCGACCUUCCAACAGAAGGUCAACGCCAGCGGCCUCGACGCGAACGAACACGACCGCCGCCUCGUGCGGCAAGUCUACGGGGACUACGAGGAAGUCCGCAGAAAGCUCUUCACCGAUGACCUCCAGCAAAGCAGCGGGAUUACCCUGCUAGACGAAGGCAUCCACGUCUUCACCCUGGCCAACGGCGCGCGGCUCACCGUCUACGCCAGCCCGUACACCCCCUCGCUCGGCGGCGACUGGGGCUUCCAAUACCACCCCGACACAGGCCAUGAUUAUCAACUGGGCAGCAGCAGCAGCAGCAGCGAUCCGAUCGAUGUGGUCAUCACUCACGGCCCACCGCGAGGCAUCAUGGAUUAUACUACUAGUCAUAGCGAUACGCAUUCGGAGCGCGGACGACGAGCCGGCUGCCCCGGUCUGUUCAAGGCCAUCGCCCGCGCCAGACCCCGGCUGCAUUGCUUUGGACACAUCCAUGAAGGGUGGGGGGCCAUGAUCGCGCAGUGGCGAGAUGAUGGUAUGGGCAGCAGCAGCAGCAGCAUCGCCGCCAACGAGCCGUCGCAUUUCACGGCCAUCGACCACGGCCGCUCGACUGUCAUCAGUAAGCUUGCCCGGCUGGUGGAGUUGGGGAAGGAGAAGGUCCCGGCGGUCAUGGAAGCGAGUCACUGCUCGGAGGACCCAGCCCCGUUAACACCCGGGGAGCACACGCUGUUUGUGAAUGCCGCGGCGAAAAGGUGCCGUCCGGAGGUGCCGGUGCAUCCGCUUUGGUUGAUUGAUCUGGACCUGUCGCGUGCCGGUGCCAUAUGUUGAGAUUAGCGGAGAAAAAACGUUCCAUAUACCAUCGGUGUCGCGUUGGGGUAUGGUCUCAAUUGAAUGUGUAUG